CCGCGCACACCUCCUCCGUCCGCCCUCCUCUCCCUCCCUCCCUCCUUCCCCACCUCCGCCCUCCUCCUGCUGACGUCUGGCUCUGCCCGGCUGAAAACUCCGUGCCGCGGCGGAUGCGGCGGCUCUCGGGAGCGCGGCAGCAGCGAAGAUGGUGGCCGCUCCGUGCGCCCGGCGGCUGGCGCGGCGCUCCCGCUCGGCGCUGGUGGCGGCGCUCACCGUGCUGCUCCUGCAGACCCUCCUCGUCUGGAAUUUCACCUCCCUCGACGCCGGCGAGGAGCAGCGCGGCGGCGCCGCCGGCCGCGAGAAGCGAGACCGCGGCGGAGAGCAGCGGGCGCACCCGCAGCGCCGCGGACCCGCCGCCCCGCACGGCAAGGCGAUGAUUGAACCUCCUAGUCCCUACACCAGCUUGGAGACUCAGGAUGGCUAUUUUUCCCACCGACCGAAAGAGAAAAUGCGAACAGACAGCAAUAAUGAAAAUUCAGUCCCCAAGGACUUUGAAAAUAUUGAUAACAGUAACUUUGCUCCCAGAACUCAAAGGCAAAAACACCAGUCUGAGCUGGUGAAAAAAACCCUUAGCAAGCAAAAGGAGCACUUGAGAAAGAAGCUGGAAGAGGAGAAGAUGAAGGAGAACUUGCUGCUGGGGAAGAACUCCAAUGAGGUGGUGCAAUUCAGUGAUCACCCCGGAAAAAACAGCAGCAGCAACAACAAUUUAAAGGAGAUUCACAGGUCUCCCAGACAGCAUAAUUUAAAAAAAAGUGGAAACAGCUCCCCUGAACUGAGAUACGACCAACCACCAAAGUGUGAGGUAACAGGCAAAGAGGCAAUCUCAGCCAUGUCCCGGUCUAAAUCUAAGCAGUGUCGGCAGGAGAUCGCAGAGGUGUAUUGUCAGCACAAGCAUGGAAAGCUGAUGCCAGAGAAGGUGACACGCUUCUGUACGCUGGAGGGAAAAGCCAACAACAAUGUACAGUGGGAUGAGGACUCCAUAGAAUACAUGCCAGCCAACCCAGUCAGGAUCGCAUUUGUCUUGGUUGUUCAUGGCAGAGCUUCUCGGCAGCUCCAACGCAUGUUUAAGGCUAUUUACCAUAAAGACCAUUUUUAUUACAUUCAUGUUGACAAGAGAUCCAAUUACUUGCACCGGCAAGUGCUCCAGUUUGCCAACCAGUACCCAAAUGUGAGAGUCACUUCUUGGAGAAUGGCAACUAUCUGGGGAGGAGCAAGUCUUCUGUCCACCUACCUGCAGACCAUGAGGGACUUAAUGGAGAUGAAUGACUGGCCAUGGGAUUUCUUCAUUAACCUCAGUGCUGCCGACUACCCGAUCAGGACAAAUGACCAGCUAGUAGCAUUCCUGUCCAGGUAUCGUGAUAUGAACUUCUUGAAAUCACACGGGAGGGACAACGCAAGAUUUAUCAGAAAACAAGGACUGGAUCGGCUUUUCCUAGAAUGUGAUACCCACAUGUGGCGCCUGGGGGACCGGAGGAUCCCAGAAGGAAUCGCAGUCGAUGGAGGGUCGGACUGGUUUCUUCUGAACAGGAAGUUUGUGGAGUAUGUCACUUUUUCUAAUGAUGAUCUGGUAACAAAGAUGAAGAGAUUUUACUCUUACACGUUACUUCCUGCUGAGUCCUUCUUUCACACUGUUCUAGAAAAUAGCCCGUACUGUGACUCCAUGGUGGACAACAACUUGCGCAUCACAAACUGGAACCGUAAACUCGGUUGCAAGUGUCAGUACAAGCACAUUGUUGACUGGUGUGGCUGUUCACCUAAUGACUUCAAACCAGCAGACUUCCACCGAUUCCAGCAGACUGCCAGGCCAACUUUCUUUGCCCGCAAAUUUGAAGCUGUAGUGAAUCAAGAGAUAAUUGGCCAGUUGGACUACUACUUGUACGGCAACUACCCGUCAGGCACACCCGGCCUCCGGUCGUACUGGGAGAAUGUGUACGAUGAGCCUGACAGCGUGCACACCCUCAGCGACGUCGCCCUCACCAUGUACCACGCGUUCUCCCGCUUGGGCCUGCGGAGAGCUGAGACUUCUUUCCAUGCUGCUGGAGACAACAGCUGCCGAUACUACCCCAUGGGCCAUCCAGUUUCCGUCCACCUUUACUUCCUUGCUGACCGUUUCCAAGGCUUCCUAAUCAGACACCACGCAACCAAUCUGGCUGUCAGUAAACUGGAAACUCUGGAAACGUGGGUGAUGCCCAAGAAAGUCUUUAAGAUCGCAAGUCCACCAAGUGAUUUUGGAAGGUUGCAGUUCUCAGAGAUUGGCACCGAAUGGGACGCCAAGGAAAGGCUUUUCCGGAAUUUCGGAGGACUCCUCGGGCCGACAGAUGAGCCAGUUGGCAUGCAGAAAUGGGGAAAAGGCCCCAACGUCACUGUUACUGUCAUUUGGGUGGAUCCUGUUAAUGUAAUUGCAGCAACAUAUGACAUUCUUAUUGAAUCCAGUGCCGAAUUUACUCACUACAAACCACCUUUGAAUUUGCCCCUGCGACCUGGUGUCUGGACAAUAAAAAUUCUGCACCACUGGGUACAAGUAGCUGAAACCAAAUUCCUUGUUACUCCUCUCACCUUCUCUAAUCGGCAGCCUAUCAAACAAGAGGAAGCCAUGAAGUAUCACAGCGGGCCUCCAAAGAACGCAUACAUGGAGCAGAGCUUCCAGGGCUUGAACCCCGUCCUGAAUAUCCCCAUCAGUGCUGCCCGUGUGGACCAGGCCAAGAGGAAUGCGGGGCUCGUGGGCGCCCGGCUGGAAGCCUGGGUGGACUCUCUGGUUGGCAGCGUCUGGUCGGCCAUGGACAUCUGCAGUGCCGGCCCCACCGCCUGCCCAGUCAUGCAGGGCUGCGCUCAGACAGCCUGGAGCUCCCUGAGCCCGGACCCCAAAUCUGAGCUGGGCCCCGUCAAACCUGAUGGUCGCUUGAGGUAGCAUCUGGUAUGCUCUCCUCCGGCAUAGGUUUUUAAAAGGGAAUUUAACCUUGCUCAUAUAUGAACUUCGCACCAGAGUUCAGAAACCUAAGGGAACAUUAUAGUUUUUUGUUACUUAUUGCAAUAUAAUUCAUUUAAAAAAAAAAAAAAAAAGUUCUGACAAGGCCUUUGGCACUGCCCUCUCCAUCAGCUCUGUCAGGAGCAGCUUUGGUCAUCCCGCAGCCUCUGCUGUCCCGUGCGUCCCCAGCUGUACCGCAUGUACUGCACAAGCUGCCUCUGCGGGUUUUGAAACAGUAGCAGCAAGCCCUGGAGAGGGCAGUGAAGGAGCAGCUGCUAAAAGUGUUUUUUAAAAAUAAAUUUGUCUGUACCUCUGC